CCUCCAGGGCUUCUCUCCUUUUCACGGGCCUGUGGCUCAUGUGUUAGGAGGUUGAACUUUUAAUGCAGUCAUUUGAAGAUUUUAAGCUUUUUCUUUCUCCUAACCAGGAGUCACAGAUGCUGGGAAGUAUGGCCCGAAAGAAACCUCGAAAUACCACAAGGUCGCCCCUGGCUUUAAACCCCCUGAAGAGCAAGGACGUGUUAGCAGUGCUGGCUGAGAGGAACCAGGCUGUAGUACCAGUUGGGGCAUGGGUGGAACCUGCCUCACCGGGUAGUUCGGAAAUCCCAGCAUAUACAUCAGCAUAUUUGAUUGAAGAAGAACUAAAGGAACAGCUAAGGAAAAAACAAGAAGCUUUGAAACAUUUUCAGGAACAAGUUAAAUACCGAGUAAAUCAACAAAUUAGGUUGAGAAAAAAGCAGCAGCUUCAGAAGUCUUAUGAAAGAGCACAAAAAGAAAGCUCUAUAGCCAUGCAGUCUUCAGCAGCACACUUAACUUCCAAAAGGACAAGUGUUUUUCCAAACAAUUUGAAUGUUGCUAUUGGAAGUUCUAGGUUACCUUCUUCCCUGAUGCCUGGGGAUGGAAUAGAGGAUGAAGAGAAUCAGAACGAAUUAUUCCAACAACAAGCCCAGGCUCUUAGUCAAACUAUGAAACAGGCACGUCACCGGCUAGCAUCCUUUAAAACUGUGAGUAAAAAAAAGGGAUCAGUGUUUCCAGAUGAUGGAAGGAAAAGCUUUCCUACCCGAGAGAAAGUGCUUUCUAGGAAACCAGCAUCCACUGGGAUAAAUACAGGAAUAAGAGGAGAGUUGCCUAUUAAGGUCCAUCAAGGUCUUUUAGCUGCUGUACCUUACCAGAAUUAUAUGCAAAAUCAGGAACUUGACUAUGAGGAACCUGACUAUGAGGAAUCUUCAUCUCUUGUAACUGAUGAGAAAGGGAAAGAAGAUUUGUUUGGGAGUGGCCAGCAGGACCAGCAGGAUAUCCUUUCUGAAGAUAAGAACAAACCUUUCAGCAGAGUUCAGAAAGUAAAAUUCAAAAAUCCAUUAUUUGUUCUGAUGGAAGAGGAAGAACAAAAGCAGUUACAUUUUGAGGGCCUUCAGGAUAUUCUGCCAGCAGCCCAGGAUUAUUUUCCAGAAGCCCAAGGUGAUUUGCUGGAAACCCAGGGUGAUUUGACAGGAAUCCAGAGUGUUAAGCCAGAUACCCAGGCUGUUGAACUGAAGGUUCAGGUUACUGAGGCAGAAGGCCAGGCCAUUGAGCCAGAAGGCCAGCCUAUUAAGACAGAAACUCAGGGUAUUAUGCUGAGAGCCCAGAGUAUUGAGCUAGAAGAAGGGAGUAUUGUGUUGAAAACCCAGGAUUUUCUACCCACAAAGCAGGCUUUUCUAACGAAAAACCAGGAUCUUUUACUCAAAGACCACUGUGUUCUCCCUAAAGACCAGAGUAUUCUACUCAAAUAUCAGGACCAGGACUUCCUACCCAGAGAUCAGCAUGUUCUCCCCAAAGACCAAGAUAUUCUGCCAAAAUAUCAGGACCAGGAUUUUCUACUUAAAGACCAGGAUUUUUUAUCUAGAGACCAGCAUGUUCUCCCCAAAGACCAGAAUAUUCUACCCAAAUGUCAGGACCAGGAUUUUCUACCCAGAGACCAAGGUUAUCUUCCCAAAGACCAAAAUAUUCUACCCAUAUGUCAGGACCGGGAUUUUCUACCCAGAGACAAAGGUUAUCUUGAAGACCAAAAUAUUCUACCCAUAUGUCAGCACCGGGAUUUUCUACCCAGAGACAAAGGUUAUCUUCCCAAAGACCAAAAUAUUCUACCCAAAUGUCAGGACCAAGAUUUUCCACCCAGAGACAAAGCUUAUUUUCCCAAAGACCAAAAUAUUCUACCCAAAUGUCAGGACCGGGAUUUUCUACCCAGAGACCAAGGUUAUCUUCCUGAAGACCAAAAUAUUCUACCCAUAUGUCAGGACCAGGAUUUUCUACCCAGAGACCAAGGUUAUCUUCCUGAAGACCAAAAUGUUCUACCCAUAUGUCAGGACCAGGAUUUUCUACCCAGAGACCAAGGUUAUCUUCCUGAAGAUCAAAAUGUUCUACCCAUAUGUCAGGACCGGGAUUUUCUACCCAGAGACCUGCAUGUUCUCUCCAACGACCAGAAUAUUCUACCCAAAUGUCAGGACCAAGAUUUUCUACCAAAAUAUCAGAAAGUACACUUUAAGGAGCCAUAUUCUGAUAUGACAGAUGAGAAAGGGAGAGAAGACUUUUCUCUGGCAGACUAUCAGUGUUUGCCUCCCAAAUCCCAGGACCAGGAUGACAUCAGAAAUCAGCAACCUGCAUCUUUUAUGAGAGAAGAGAGAGUGAGAGAGGAAUUACCUCUGGACUAUCAUCAAUAUGUUGUACCUAAAAUCCAGGACCAAGACUCCCCUAGAGAACAGAACAAGCAUAUCAAACCACCCUCAUCUUUUGAGAAAUGGGAGAUUGCAAGAGGAAAUACUCCUAGAGUGCCACUGGCUUAUGAUGGAUAUCAAUCAGGAUUGAGCACUGAAUUCCAAGCUCCACUGGCAUUUCAGUCUGGCGUAGAUAAAGAAGAAGAUAAGAAAGAGCGUCAAAAGCAGUACCUGAGACAUAGACGACUUUUCAUGGAUAUUGAGAGAGAACAAGUAAAAGAACAACAAAGGCAAAAAGAACAAAAGAAGAAAAUUGAAAAAAUUAAGAAAAAGAGAGAGCAAGAACGUUAUGCUGAAGAGCAGAGGAUCCUAAGAAUGAACUUUCAUGAAGAUCCAUAUUCAGGAGAGAAGAUGAGUGAGAUAUUAGCCCAGUUACAACUUGAAGAAAUAAAAGGAGCCAGAGAAAAACAACAGAGAGAAAAAGAAUACCUGAGAUAUGUAGAAGCUUUACGAGCCCAAAUCCAGGAGAAAAUGCGGCUGUAUAAUAUUACUUUACCUCCACUAUGCUGUUGUGGUCCUGAUUUUUGGGAUGCUCAUCCUGAUACCUGUGCCAACAACUGUAUUUUCUAUAAAAACCACAGAGCAUAUACUCGGGCACUACAUUCAUUCAUCAAUUCCUGUGAUGUCCCUAGGGGUAAUUCAACUCUUCGAGUCGCAAUUCAUAAUUUUGCUUCUGCACACAGGUGGACUUUGAAAAAUCUAUAAUAAGAAUCUGAAAUUAACUGGUAGUAUUUUGGCUUUUUCUUAAAAUCAGCCCUGAGAGAGUAUUUAAGAAAAGCUGUUCAAGUUAUAAAAUAUAUAAUCUGGAAAGAAAUACUGUCUCAUAUAGUAACUGUCUUUAUAAUUAGAUUGUAAUCAUUGUUUUAAUCUCUGCCUUGGAACCAAGAUUGAAAGCUGACUUACUUCUCUCUUCUUUUUUGUGAACCAUACGGAGCCUAUUAUUUUAAAACAUGAUCAGACAAGUAAGGCUUCCCUUACUUUGCUCUGCUCUGAUCAGAAGAGCUCAUGUGAAAUCUUUGAGAUUCUCUCAUUUAUCAUCUUUCUAAAACUGUAUUUUUGAGCUUGACAAUACUGAAAAUGUCUGGAUAAAGCAGAAAAGAAAAUGAUGAAAUGUGUUUCUGAGCAUCAGAGGCCAUCUAUAUUGCCAUUACCUUUUCUAGUUGUAUAUAAGAAUUCAAGAUUAGAAGAAUUUAAAUUUGUUGCACAUUUUUUUCCUCAGCAUUUUUUCUCUUGUUUUUAAAAAUGUAUUGCCUCUUUCCCCAUUUAGUGACACUGGACAUAGGAAUUUUUAAUUGUGUAAUUUUCUGUUGCAAAAAAGGUAAAUAAAUCCUUUGUCUUUUGAA